UACCGUUGAUUGGUUAUCAUUUUAAUUGUUGAUUUAAAUGGCGAACGAAUAGUUGGCGGUCAAUUUAACUUUGAUAAGAUUCGCUAUCUUGAUAUUUCAGCGUUGCUUGAGAGUCGCUUGAUUUUCUUGUCAAAAUGAAAGGACAGAGGGGGAAAACCCCAAGGAAGAAAUUUGCAUUUACUGGAACAUCUGUUAUAGAACCUGUGGAGGUCUACUGUCGUAUCAAACCAGCAGAUGACUCCAAUAAUGUAUGUCUGAAAAGUGUAGGUGAUAAUCAAGUACAAUUGAUGAUACCUGCUGAUGGAUACCGAAAUGCACAACCAAGAGAAUUUUUAUACACAUUCCAGCAAGUAUUUGAUGAAACUUCAACACAGAAGGACAUAUUUGAUGUGGUUUCUUUGCCUCUUGUUGAAGAUCUUAUUGCUGGACGUAAUACUCUCCUCUUCACCUAUGGUGUAACUGGCUCUGGUAAGACGUACACAAUGACUGGUACCCCAGUUGACCAGGGUAUAUUACCGAGGUGUCUUGAUGUCGUUUUUAACACAAUUGAACAUCAUCAGGCAAAAAAAUAUGUUUUUGAGCCAAAUAAUCAAAAUGGUUUUAGAGUUCAAAGUGAAGCUGAUGCUAUGGCAAAACUCCAAGCUGACAUCAUGCCAUGUCCUUCUGUUGUUCCAAAGACACCAAAAAAAGACAAGUGUGAGUUCCUGAAAAAUCCUCGUCUACGAGAUAAAAGCAAAGUGGAAGGUGUCAGCAAUCAGUUCUUGUAUUCUGUCUUUGUGUCGUACGUUGAGGUUUAUAAUAAUGCGGUGUAUGAUUUGUUGGAAGAGUUGACCUCUGACCCUAUCAUUGGAUACAAGGCCCAGCAAACUAAAACAAUUCGAGAAGAUAGUAGUAAAAUGAUGUACAUUCAUGAGUGCAAAGAAGUUGAAGUGAAAAAUCCUGAUGAGGCUUUUCAUGUCAUCUACCAAGGUCAGAACCGACGGAGGGUUGCUCGAACUGCUUUAAAUGAAUCUUCUAGUCGUAGCCACAGUGUUUUCAAUAUUCGUAUUGUACAAGGCCCAGUGGAUCAGAGUGGAGAAGAAGUAAUGCAUGUUGGCAUUGACGGAGUGGAAGCAAAUUCAAUUUGUGUAGGACAACUAUCUUUAGUUGAUUUGGCUGGUAGUGAACGUACUGUACGCACCAAAAAUAUGGGUGAACAACUCAGAGAAGCAUCUAAUAUCAACAACACACUCAUGACACUAAGAAACUGCAUUGAUAUUCUCCGUGAAAAUCAGAAAUUUGGAUCAAGUAGGAUUGUACCUUAUCGUGAUUCCAAACUAACUCAUCUCUUCAAGAGCUACUUAGAAGGUGAUGGCAAGAUCAGAAUGGUUGUUUGUGUUAAUCCUGCUGCCAAUGAAGUUGGAGAAACUUUGCAUGUUAUGAAAUUUGCUGAAAUCACACAAGAAGUAACUAUUCAAAGAAUAGAAGGUCGUUUUCAAGAAGUACCAGAAACUCCCAAUGGUAGACUCUAUCCAAAUCUUGAGGAGGAGUUUCGAAGUGAUACUGGUUCAGAUUGUACGAGUAGUAGCCGUUCUACAACAGUUCCUGUGCCACUGUAUGACCUGGGACCACAAUUUCCAAACAUGGAGCUAGUCCAUCCAUCUGAUGAUUCAACUUUGAAAGAAUUACACAGAUUUUUGGGGAUUCGACUUGAAAAAAGACAAAGAUGUGUUGAAGUUGCUCGACAAAAAUGUGAUGAUUUCCGUUCACUUUUGCUAAAAGUGGAGAAAGAGAAUUCCUACCUCCCAGUUCUUGAAAAAGAAGUUUUUAAUCUUCGCAGAGAAAACACAAAUUUGAAACAAGACAAUCUAAAUAUAAACAAAGAACUGAAAGAGCUUCAGCAAGAAUUAAGAGCCAUAAAUUCAAAAUUAAGAAGCUCUGAACGACAACUACAAGAAAAGAAUUCAUUGAUAAGAGAAGCCAGAGAUGAAAAAUGUCAGCUAAAGAGUGAUUAUGAAACCAGAAUACAGCAAAAUGAACAAAAGUUUCGACAGCAGGAAUAUGACCGGCAGAAAUUAGAGUACAAGUGUCGGACAUACCUUCAAGAAAAAGAUCGUAAGCUAAACAUUUUGAAAAACCUUGUGAACGAACACUCUUCUGAAUCAAGCACUAGUACCACACCAUCUGUUACUCCAAAACCCGCCAGAAAAUUACGGACAUUCACCACCCCAGCUCCCUAUACUGCUCCCAGACCAGACCCAGCUCCAAGGAAACCUGUAACAAGACUAGCUGCUGCACGGUCACUCCAUAAUUUAGACCAAGUUAGUUCUUCAUCUUCCAAAAAGGAUCCUGCACCACCACCACCGCCACCAAACCCGCGCCAUAGACGUUCAAAGUCUUCUUCGGCUGCCGAAACGUGGCUGGAACACAAGAGCCAAGACCAUGAAGAACUUGGUACCCUCUUUCAACCAAAGCUGAAGAAAAAACGAUCGGUGACUAAAUUGACUGAGAAGGACACUAAAGAGGUAUCCAAGUAUUGCCUUAACCAUCAAGAGUUGGGAUCAGAUGGAGAAAUGCGUACUAAAUUAUAUAAGGGCAAUGUUCUUCCCACAGCUACUGGAGGUUGCACAAUGGUUUUUAAUGAAGUAGAAAUGGUAAGACGUGGAAAUCCUGGCAAUGGCAAGAAGAGGCAUAGUCCGCCUAACCAACAUACUCGUCCUGGCAGUGACUGGACUGAUACUGACGUACGAUGUGGCUAUGCUAUUGAUGGACAUAAGAGACCUAAACCAUCACAAAUAUAGAAUAUCGACCCCGUGGAAUUUGGAGUCUGGUGCUGUGUAUAUACAUUGGAGAAUUAAAGAACUGAAAUUAGUGAUGGUAGCCAAGCUGCUAAUAGUUAUGAGUAUAGUUAUGAGUGCAACCGAUUGUGUGUAUGUGUAUGUGUGUGUGUGUACUUGAUUGUGUGUGUAUCGUAAUAUAACAGCUUAAAAAAACGUACUACAAAAUUGAUAGAAAAUAUAUAAAUCAAAUUAAAUUAAUGCUUCUGAAUUAUCUUAAAAAAUUGGUGUAAAUAUUAUGUCUGUUGAAGAUAAAUUCUACAAGUAAAUAUAUAUAUAACACACUGUAUAUAGCAUAUAUAUAUAUAUAUAUAUAGCAUACUGUAUUUUUUUUUUAUGACCAGUCACAUUAUGCUAUGUGCUUCACUAGCUGUCUGUAGAAAUCAGAGAAAUAUAUAAGAAACCAAUUGUGUAUGUAUUAAAGUUUAUAUUAACUAAAUGUAGACAUUUAGUCUUUAGUCAAUGUCAUGUUUGGCCUGUAAUGAAAGUUUUUAAUGCCAGUUAAUAGUUUUAUAUUAUUCAGAAAUGUGGAAAGAUGUACAGUAGAACACCAGAUUAAAUUUUUCCUUUUUUGCUUUAAUUUGGUAGGUUUUUAGUUAUUGUUGCAUUAUUCUUCCUUCUAUGUUUAAUGAACCUGUAAUAUUCUGGUGUUGAUUUACAUCACUACACAUUUCUAUAACAAGCAAAAUUUAUCACUUGUUUAAAGAAAUGGAAUCAGUAUGCUGUAUCUUUAAAUCGAUUAUAUAAAAAAAAAGGCUUUUUAUUAUCCAACUUGCAUAAAUUAAACUUAUAUUAAAUAUUAAUAAGAUAUACACAUAAGGUUUUUUAUUAUCUAGCUUGCAUAAUUAAACUUAUGUUAAAUAUUAAGAUAUACAUAUAAAUGUGAAUUAAAUAUUUUGAACAUCAUCAUCUUUAUUAAGUUACCCAGAUCACUGUAACUCUUCCAUGCCAAACAUCCCAUUUGAGUGAUGAAGCAUGAAUGUCUGUGCCUGGGUUUUAGUCACAGUGGUUCAUUGUUAGCUGAAAUGCCUCAUCUGUGCACGCCACAAGUACAGAUGGUAGCAGUAUUUCACUUACUGAAAUGGUUCGAUCUUGACAGUUUGUUGUCUGUUAAUCUGCUUAGCAUCUAGUGAUAUUUACCAUUGAAUCUAUAAGUUCAUCUGCUGAAAUAACUCACAUUCACCAAGCUGCAUCCCAUGAUUUCAAUGCACUCUGGACCAGGUGGUUACAUGCUAUUUAACUCAUAGCUGGUGCUACUACUUUGGGUCAGAGUAGACCUGGGAAGAAUAGGGGCUAAAAGGUGGUUCCACACCCCUCAAAACCCAGGAACUUUUAAACCAGGCUCCCACUGUUGGAUGCAGUCUAUAGUAGCUAAUUUCAUCUUUCUUUGUCAAUUUAUUAAAAGCAGGGAAAAUUAAAAACUGAAAGACCCCUAGUACAUUUUAUAUGCAUGCGUAUAGGAAUAAAUUGCUUUUCUACUUUUGUUGAAAUUUCAUUUUGGUAUUGUGUUGGUGUCAUUGGAAAAUCUAUAUAUAAUGUUCAGUGAAUUAUAAGGCAGCGAGCUGGCAGAAUCAUUAGCAUGCUAGGUGAGAUUCUUAGUGGCAUUUCAUCCGUCUUUACAUUCUGAGUUCAAAUUCUG